AUGGGUGACCCUGGCAGGAGGCAGCUGGGGGCUUCCCUGGGGAGCCCAGGGCGCCCGCACAGGACACUGCCCUCACCCCGGCCCUCGCUCGGUCACCUGUGGCUUCCCAAGGCCGAGCCGUGGCCACCGGGCCCCCGGGCCUCCCGCCCCAGCCCUUACCCCCAUCCCGGGUCCACAAAAUGGCGGCCUCCGGCCCCUGUCAGCCCGGCCGCGGCCCGCCCCGGCGGCACUAGGAACCUUCGCGCGGCGGAACGCGCGGGUGAGGGGGGCGGUUUCCGGGCCGGGCCGGCGGGAGGCUGGGCCGGGUCCGGCCCCGCCGCCAUGGCCGAGGGCUCGGCGGAGCUGGAGCUGUUCCGCCGCCGCUGGCGGGAGGAGUUGGCUGGGGGCGCGAAGCGGCGGCGGCGGGAGGCGGCGGAGCCCGCGGCGGAGCCCGGGAGCCGCCGCAGCGCCGAACCGAGCGAGCCGGGCUACCUGGCACUGGCCCGCGGCCUGCUGGACGGCGGCGCCCCGGCCUGCCGCAGCCCGUCACCCGCCCGCCCUGCCGAGGAGCCCGCGGGGGACGGAGGCGGCGACAGCGACGACUUGUUGGGGCAGCUCAUCCGGGACCUGAAUGAAAUAAAUGAGGUUCCUUUCUUUGAUAUCCAGCUGCCUUAUGAGCUGGCACUGAAGAUAUUUCAGUACCUGGGCAAGACUGAAUUGGGAAGGUGUGCUCAGGUUAGCAGGAUGUGGAAAGUACUUGCAGAAGAUGAGGUGUUGUGGUACCGGCUGUGCCAACAGGAAGGAUAUCUAUUAGAUACGAGCAUCUCUGAUCAUUCCUGCUGGAAGCUCGCCCUCAAGAACUGCCGUGCCAGAGAGCGCGCUUUGAAAACCAACUGGAAGAACCGCAUCGGUGCUGUGAGCCAGCUGCAGUAUGAGGUGGGAAAAAUCCUUUGUGAUGUACAUUCUUGCGACGGAGUUGUUAUUGCUGGAUAUACAUCAGGAGAAGUGAGGUUGUGGGACACUCGCACCUGGGACUACACAGCCCCCAUCCUGGAACCAAUGCACGGUCCUGGUGAUGCUGGACCUCAGCCACAUGUCUCCUUUGUGAGGAUAAACAGCUCUCUGGCUGUAGCAGCUUACGAGGAUGGAACCAUUAGUGUGUGGAGUCUGAUGUUCGGGCGGGAGCCAGUCCAUCAUUACCAGCACAAUCAGAGGAUACAGGCUUUAGCUCUUGGUUCAGAGAGCGCAACAGUAGCGACGGCAUCUGGCUUCGAGGUCAAAGUGGAAAGCCCUAAUGACAGAGGAUUCUGGCAAACUACAGAAACAUUUGAAAUCCAGAAAUUGGUCAACUUCCUUAAUCUGGUUCCAGAUGUUAUGGGGAGUCCAGUGACAGUAGCAGCUGCAGAAGACAUUGUCUAUCUCCUGAAAGCAGAAGAUCCUGGCAAAAUCCUCCAUUCUGUCUAUGGUCAGCCUGUCACAUGUCUUGAUGUGUCUGCUCAUGAAGCAGCCUUUGGGGUCAAAACCUUUGGCUGGUUAUUGAAUGAGCCCAACCAGAUCCUUCUUUACAAUCUGGAAACAAGUCAGUGCCUGAAGAAGAUGGGCAACUCGAUAGGUGACUUUACGUGUGUCAACCUCCAGAACAGUCCUCCAAACAUGCUUGUUACAGGCAAUAAAGACAGAAGGGUCAGGGUAUUCGAUCUCCGCCAAAGCGAAUCUUUGUGCUCCCUGUAUGCCCACCAGUUAGGAGUGUCUGCGGUCCAGAUGGAUGACUGGAAGAUCGUCAGUGGAGGAGAAGAGGGCUUGGUCUGUGUGUGGGACCAGCGGAUGGGCACCAAACUCUGGGAAAUGCAUGCCAGACAUCCAGUUCGCCACAUAUGGUUUAAUUCUCAUAGCCUCAUCACUGCAAACAUCCCUGACGAGAAAACUCCCCGAGGUGCCAGCAUCACGGACGAUGACCUUACCGCACACCGCAAGCAUCGAGGAAUCAUUUAUGCCUACGAGUUCUCAGUGGACCAGCUGGCUGUAGAAAGCGUCCUUCCUAUUUGCCGCUCUUCCUAUGACGAAGUGACUGGUUACAACUACAACAUUGGCCUUGCAGUUCCCUAUGAUAACAUUUAGGUAACUUGCUUUACUUGGCUUCCGUGGUCCAGCCCUCUGCCAAGCACAUGGCCAAAGGCAAAAAGGAGAUCCAUGUGGGACAAGUGCCAGAAAGAUGGCAUCGGCUGCAGGCACAUCAAAUGGGCUGCACGUUUGCUGAAGACUUGGGGAUCUGAACCAGAACAGAGGGUAUGGCUGCUGUCAAGCACAGCACUAAAACAUGUCGCUGCGCAAAUGUUCAAAGGUCCGCUAUGGUGGAACGGAGGGACUGAAGAGUGGAAGGGAACGGUACACGUCAGUGUAAACAAAAAUGUUCAUUCCUGCUGCUUGUGGGAAAAACGCUGCUGACCCCCUCUUGGCAGAGGACAUGGUCAGGAAGCGAGAGCCCCGAGUGGCAAACUGCUGAAGGGGCGGGAGGCUGGGCGCGCAUUCAGUUGUUCGUGCCUGUCCUGAGAAGGGGGGAAAAAAAACCACUAAGGGCUUGGAAAAGGCAUGUUGCUGAGCACGUGUUUGAAAUUUCUUUCCUUUUAAUGAGCUGCUCGUUCUUCUUUUCCUUGGAGUGCAUCGGAAGGUGUCUCGGAACAGGACCGUGCACAAAAGGUUACAGUGCUUGGGAGAGGGGAGUGUGAUGGAGAGAGGGAGGAGAAGGUUGGCCUUGGCCAGGCUGCGUGCUUGGAAACUCAGCAGGCCACACGCAUCAAAAUUAUUUUAAAAUUAUUUUUUUAAGCCUCUAAAAUUCUGAAUUAAAUGUUUUCUAAUUGUA